CAGGUUGAAUACAUGGACUCUCACUCUGAAAAAUGAGCCUUCAAGACUUUCCACUACGCCUCAUGGAAACUAUGAAAUGCUGGAGUUCACUACACGAGUACAUUGUUGUGUUUAUGUUCCUUACAGCGGUCAGCAGAGGGUCAGCAUGUGAGGCCCCUUCUAGUCCUGAGUGCUUCAGGAGAAAUGCUGAUGAGUCUGUUUAUAGAUGUGAAUGGAGCAUUAAUACAACUGAGAGCGAUGUGACGUUUGACCUUUACUUUAAUAAAACCAAAUUUCGGAACAUUAAGGAGAACUGGUCAGAGUUCAACGAGGAACAGCUUAUCAAGUAUCGUCCUGUUCAUAUUUGGGUGGAGGCUCACGUAGGAAACUCCAGCUGCACAUCGACCAGGAGGUCUGUUGUACUCGGGCACAUAGUUAAGUAUGAAUCACCACAAAAUAUCAAGGUGUCUUGGUUAAAAAACAACCUCAGUUUGAGCUGGACAGCAGCUGAGAGGAAACCAGCUUUAGUGGAGAUCCGGUUCAGACGAGAUGGAAACCCCACAGAAUCAUGGGAAAAAAGAACAACAAGUACCACCAGUGACAGUUCUAUGUAUCAUGCCACUGUUGUAAAUUUGUUGAAGGAUUCAGCAUACCAGGUUCAAAUCAGACAUCGGUCCACCCAGGCCCUUAACCCACUGUGGGGUGACUGGUCUCCAGUUCAGACUGUUCCUGCAGAACUUGAACAAAAACCUGAGGUCACCAUGAAAACAAGACUUCUAAAUGGCACUCGAAAGGUGACACUAACAUGGAAGCCAAUGCCUCGUGCAGCAGCAGUCAGAGGAGUGAUGUACCACCUGAACGACACACAGUCUGCUCAUGGGUGUCCUUGUAUGAAAAAGAGACAUCCCAUUGGCACACAUCAUCACACUACUUAUAUCUCACUCUCUGCCGUCAACAUCUCUGUUACCGCCAGUAACCCAGCUGGUAUUUCUCCACCAGCAGUCGUACAAGUACCGGCUGAACCUGCUACAAAAAUUAAAACCUGUGAAAAAACAUUAGUGGAUAAAAAAUUAAAUAAGAAAACUUGCCUUGAGUUGUACAAGCUUCACGAUGGAGAUUUGUGGCCAGCAAAUGUGAUCACUUUAACAGGAAGGGAUAAGAAAGAAGAGAGUAAGCAAAAAAGACGGAACAUAAUGGACUUUGUUCGCUACCUUUACUUUGAACACAGAUGUUAUGAUGGGAAACCACAGACAGUUCAAAUGUGCCUUUAUUAUCAAAAUGAGAAUGUUCCACAAAGCGCACCUCAGGAAUUAAGAGCCUUCGGUGAAACACACAGUUUUGUUAACUUUUCUUGGAAAGCUAUUCCCACUGUGGACCAGCAAGGUUUCCUCACACACUAUAAACUUUGCAGUGUGAAAAUCAGCUCACAGGAUGAGCAGAAAGAGUGCCAUAACAUAUCAGCCUCACUGACAAAACACCGUCUAGAAAACUUGACACCAGGAGCAAAAUACAACAUCAGCCUGGUUGGAGUGACAAGAAUAGGAGAAGGACCUGAAGCCACAUUAACUAUCAACAUGCUGCCAGAGAAGCCUAUAAAUGUGUUGUGGAGUCUCGGCUUGCUGUUUCUGUUCUUCUUCCUCACAACUGUAUGCACCUGUACUUUGAAGAGAAUCAAAAACAAGGUUUUUCCACCUGUGCCGAAACCAGUUCUUCCAGAUUUCAUCCCUUAUCAACCAGAGAGUCAGGAGUUUCUGGAGAAAAAGGAGGAGAAGGUGCAUGAGCUCACACUGCACCAGCUACAACCAGAGGGCAAGUCAGUCCCUAAGGAGGAUGAGGAGACCACUGUCCUCAAAGGAGAGUGCGAUGACGGCACUGACGAGGAUGCAACAAAUGAGAGGGAUGACUCAAGGAUAUCAGGACGAACCAGUGAUGAGUGUUUGAGUCCCGACUCUAUAGAUGAGGGUCUGAAAAGCUCCAGAGAAGGAGAAAUGACAGAACUCGAACAACUGGACAAUGAGAUUGCCAUGUUGAUAUACAGGAAUGGUUUGGUCUUUGAUGUGAAGACAGAUUCGCCUUAAAACUCUUUUUAUUCUGCCUCACAGCACAAAACUUGCACAAACAUGUCAUAUUUGUUGACCUGAACCAAAGAAUGAACUUUUAACUUUUAACAGUUUGAACAGUUUGAACUUCGUGUUGGAUGAAAAAGAAAUUGCACAAUCAUCUUGUUAAGAGGAAAAGAUUUACUUAAUAUUAAUGUAUGUUGAAUUUUGCCAAUUACAUUGUUACCUAAGCAUGUCAGUAUAUGAAAGAGAAGAGUUUAUCACUCAUAUGCUUUGUUUAUGGUCCUUAGAUGGUUAAACUCAAUGACUCUUAUGAUCCUCUGCCAUGAAAUGUAGAGCUACCAGCAGCUUAACAUUUUGGCGUGAAAGUUAACUAUCCCAGAGGUUGUUUGGUGGAUUGCCAUGCACAUACAUGAAUAAAUACAUUUAUGGUCCUCAGAGGAUGAAUCCUACUGAUUUUGGCAAUCAUCUGAUUUUUCAUCAAGUGGCAUCAGCUCAAAAUGUCAAUUUGUCCAUUAUUUUGUUCAUGACCAAACACCUGCAAAACUAACGACAUCAGCCUCAGCAGGACUUUGUAUUUAGUGCUGCUGUGCAUAUAGAUGCGAAACAUAAAUCCUAAAUCUAAUAACAAAUAAUCAAUAAAUAAGUAAAAAUAUAUCUUAUCUAAUAAUGGGAUGUAUAUAGGGAUUCAUUACUUAUUACUAAUUCCCCUCCCAGCAUCACAAUAAACACUGCAUCCUCAAAGAGCUGCUACAGAUGUAGUGGACUCUUGGUUCUAUUAGCAGCUACAUCUAAAACAAACUCAGUAAAAUGCAGUAGAAUGCAACCAAACCACUAAAAGAAAACAACAAAAUCAUUAUGAGGGUUGUCGGUUUUUUGCAACAGUAGCAAUGUGCAUAUAUGAGCUGUUCUGUGAGGAGUCUUAGUCUGAGAACUGGGGUGUGUGUGUGUGUGUGCGCACAUGAUGACUGAGUAGUACAACUGAGUGCGUCAAGAGUUAAACAUCUGACAGGAAGUGGUCAACAAAAAACCCAGUGCCCUUAAAAAAGGUAGCUCAUGCAGGAUGAAACACUAGAUGACUCAUUACCAAAGAGACUUCUGUGGAGUUUCGAUGUACCUUGUUCAAACUAGAACAUGUUUUGCUAAUAUGUAAGAAGUGAUGACUGACUAAAAGCCUUUUCCACCACACUGCACUUUAAUUUCUCUGCAGAAAAAAAAAGAUCUUUUACGUUUGUUCAGUUGUGGCCUGCUUGAGGAGGAAAUCUCUUGACAGUCAAAGUUUUAUCUCACCUCAUCAAGAGUACAAUCAUCCGUCCCUACCACACACAUCUGAUAAACAUGAUGUCUGAAUGAAAUACUUAAAUAGGUCUGAAAUAACUGCCCUUAGACAUCAUGGGAUAUGACCUACUCAGUGUAUGUGGUUACUCACUGUUUUUGUUUGGUGAUCUUGGGUUAGUCAGGUGUUGGUUGAGUUGCUGUUUGAUGCUGAACUGAUUUGUCAUCUUCAAACUAAAUCAAAAUACUCCAAAAUAAAAAUAAAAAAUAAAAACCUUUUCAAAAGCAAAGUUCA